CAGCGGUGCCGAUUGUUUCUCUAGGUGGCAAGCCGAGUUGUAAAUUUUCAGAGGAAAAUUCGUGUUUUUGUGAAAAGAACAUAAUAAAGAAUUUGCUACCAGUUUUUUGUGCGCUGUUAUCAGUGUACCUGUUGUAUUUUGUUACUAGUCUUGUAAUUGUUAUGGCUGAUAAGGACACCAACAAAAGAAGGACUUUCGACAAAGUACCUACAAAGAUCUGCCAGUACGGAACGGACUGUUAUCGCAAAAACCCUAACCAUUUCAAGGACCUUUCUCACCCACACCUCGAAUCCAUCCUUACGGAAUCUCCCAAAGGUAAAUACCGCAUCCCGGACGAGCUGUCCAUGAGCCGAGAGGUGGUCGCGGAACAGCUCAAGAUCAUCGCCCAGUUGUACCCCGAGCUAGAGAGCAACCCUCCGGCGAAGCAACCCAAAAAGGACGAUACGCCAACAGCGGUCGAAAAAGUAAAGGCCGCGACACCGCCCAAGCCGGCUAAAAUGGCCUCCAGUCCUCCGAAAACCAAAUCACCUGCGACGACGAGUGGCGCCCCUUCCAAGGGCAAUGCCGUUGCGGACCUGUUUGCCGAACGCCGCGCCAGGAUGGCCAAACAGCAGCAGGAACAGAAGAAGGCCGAAGCACCUCCUCCUGCCCAGCAACCGUCGUCGAGUCAACCGCGCAAACCGACUCCACAAACGGGAGUGUCGCUGAAGAAGGUGAUCCCGCGAAACAUCCACGACUACUACCCGGUGGUGGCGCCCAAGGGAAAGAUGGCCGCGAAACUCGCCGCAGCAGCUCCCUACAACAUGUUCUUCACGACCAUCACGGACGCUCCGGUGACGCAUCGGGAGCCCCUCUCGGUCACGUUCCAGGAGCUCCUAGAUCCCAGCUUGGGCGAGUUGGAGUGCUCCGUGCAGAUGAACUUCAUGGUCGACAUUGGUUGGCUGCUGGGGCAUUACUUCUUCGCCGGUUACGAGGAUCGUCCACUCCUCAUCCUGUACGGCGAUGAAUCGCCCGAGCUGAAAACGGUCUCCACCAAAAAGCCCAACGUAACGGCACUAAAGGUGCACAUUGCGACACCCUUCGGAGUUCACCACACCAAGAUGGGACUGUACGGCUACACGGACGGAUCGAUGCGGGUCGUCAUUUCGACUGCCAACCUGUACGAAGACGAUUUUCACAAUCGGACGCAGGGCCUGUGGAUCAGUCCGCGGUUGCCGGCCCUGGCCGAAGACGCGGACACCGGAGCGGGCGAGAGCAGGACGGGCUUUCGGGAAAGUCUGAUCACGUACCUGAACUCGUACAAGUUUGCCCAGCUGGCGGCGUGGGUCUCGCGGAUUCAGCGGACCGAUUUCGGGGAGGUCAACGUCUUCUUCGUCGCCUCCAUCCCCGGCGGCCACCUCAACACGGCCAAGGGCCCCCUCUGGGGCCACCCCCGGCUCGGCUACCUGCUGGGCAAGCAUUCCGCCCCGAUCGACGACGCGUGCCCGCUGGUGGCGCAAAGUUCCAGCAUCGGCAGCCUCGGCCCGAACCCACAAUCGUGGGUCCUGUCGGAAAUCAUGGCCAGCUUCCGGCGGGACUCCGCCCCGAUCGGGUUGCGACGGGUGCCCGCCUUUCGGAUGAUCUUCCCGAGCUUCUCGAAUGUCCGGAACAGCCACGACAACCUGCUCGGGGGCGGCUGUCUGCCGUACAUGAGGGCGACCCACGAGAAGCAGCCCUGGCUGAAGGAUCACCUGCACCAGUGGAAGAGCGACUGCCGGAAUCGGACGAAGGCGGUUCCGCACAUCAAGACUUACUGCCGAUGGUCACACCGGGGCCUGUACUGGUUCCUGCUGACGUCGGCCAACCUUUCGAAGGCGGCGUGGGGCGUGUACAACAAGUCGGCAAAGUUCGAGGCGCCGCUGCGGAUCAACAGCUACGAGGUGGGCGUGCUGUUUCUGCCCAAGUUUGUGAUUGACGAAAACUUCUUCCCGAUGGAUUCGAAGAGCAGUGGUGACAAAAAGCAUCCCGCGUUCCCGAUGCCGUACGAUGUGCCGAUCAUUCCGUACGCCCCGGAGGAUUCACCGUUCUUUAUGGACUAUUUGAGGGGGUGAAUUAAGAGUAUUAUGGAAUAAUUAUGUAACUUAUUCGCAUCUUUACACUUUUUGUUCAAUAAAUAUACCGA